CGAAUGUUUCUUCUUCGUUGUAAUCCCUAUCCAUCUAUUAACACUUACAGAGAAGAAGCCGAGCUCAGAAAGCAAAAAAUGCUGGAGAGGCUAGCCAUCUCCACCACCUGUUCUUGCUUUUCUUCUACUACAAAGCUAACCACCAAUGCUUUUCAUCUUCCCUUCAUCUCCUCCGAUUGCAGAGGAUCUUUUCUCUCCUUUUCUUCCCGACAAACCAAGAAGCAAACUUCUUGGAUUACCUUCUGCAACAGCUAUGAAGUUGGUGGAGGCUUUCCAGAUGAGGGUUUUAGAAUAAAGACCAGUGCAAAAGUAAAAGAGGAUGAGAAAUGGGACCCCUCGCACUACGAGGCGCUUCUUAAAGGGGGCGAACAGGUUACCUCUGUACUUGAGGAAAUGGUGAAACUGUUGGAGGAUAUGAGCAUGGAUGAAGCAUCGGAGGAGGCUGCAGUGGAGUUAGUUUCACAAGGGGUAAUUGGAAAGAGAGUUGAAGAGAUGGAGUCUGGGUUUAUGAUGGCCCUUGAUUACAUGAUCCAACUUGCUGAAAAGGACAAUGACACUCAACGCAAGUCACUCUUGGAGGUGAUCAAGGAGACGGUGUUGUCUCAUCUAACAAAAAAGUGCCCUCCACAUGUUCAAGUCAUUGGCCUGCUCUGUCAGACUCCCCAGAAAGAAAGCAGACAUGAAUUACUUCGUCGAGUAGCUGCAGGUGGAGGUGUCUUUAAAAGUGAGAAAGGCACAAAAGUUCAUCUUCCAGGGGCAAAUUUAAAUGAUAUAGCAAACCAGGCUGAUGAUCUUUUAGAGACAAUGGAAACCAGGCCCACUGUUCCUGAUCGGAAGCUACUGGCAAGGCUUGUUUUGGUUAGAGAGGAAGCUCGGAAUAUGAUGGGGGGUGGAAUAUUGGAUGAAAGAAAUGACCGUGGUCUAAAUACUCUCCCUGAAGCAGAGGUGAACUUUCUGACCAAGCUAGUUGCUUUGAGACCUGGAAAAAAUGUCCAAGAAAUGAUAACAAAUGUAAUGCAAGGAAAAGAUGAAGGUGCAGACAUCUCAGACAAUGGUGAGGAAGGUGCUGUUAGACCAUUAUCAGGUGGAAUUGCGGGAAGGGCCAGUGUCACAGGUAGUAGACCGCUUCCUGUGCGUCCCGGCAUGUUCCUUGAAACUGUUUCCAAGGUUCUCGGUGGUAUCUAUGCUGGAAAUGUACCUGGUAUUACAGCACAGCAUCUGGAAUGGGUUCAUCAAAAGACUCUUCAAGUUCUCCAAGAAAUGGCAUUCUAGUUUUCUGGCAGAUAACUUAUGUUCCAAUUGCAGUGCCAAGCCGUUUUCGUUAAAGUUCAG